AGGGUUUUGGUGUAGGGCUGGAGCUUUUGUUGGAUGUCUCGCGUUGAACGUGAGAUGUGACUGUGUGGUUUUCAUUUGGUUCUUGGCCUGGCUUGUCGUUUUGCAUGUCAUGGAUGGGCUCUAGAAAAAAGUUGUGGAAUCUUUUCUUUUCGUUUUUUGUAUGUAUGGGUUUAACGUUACCUGACGCCAUGGCUAUGGUGCCUCGAUUGGGCUUUACUCGUUAUGUCUUUCGAUUGCUAUAUUACUUUUGCAUUUUGAGUAUUUAUAGAGUAUGGUCGAAGUCGAAGGUCUUCAUGUCCUCCUGGCGCACCACCCCUAGCGCAGACCGGUCCGUGAAAGCGUUGGCACUACGGGUCGGGUAAGCAAACAUAACCAGCGGUAUGUGUAGAAGGAGCAGAAGGUCCAGCCGUAUCUAUCGCCGUGACAUCUCUGCCAAAUGACUCCUUUCUGCGCCGCGCGGGGACUCAUGAUCAGCCGAGCCUCGUACACCAGCUGUUGGCCGCCAGCCAAC